UCCUCAGUCGCUCCUCAGUCGCUCCUCGGUCCUCAGUCGGUCCUCUGUCUGUCCUCAGUCUUUGGUCCUCACACUGUGGGAAGAUUUCGUCGGAGGAUUCUGUCUGAAAACAAAACGUCCUUCAUGUCGACUCUGUUGGAUACCUUCCCGCCGAUGCUAUGGUUACCUUUAUUACGAUCUUACAGGUGAAUCUAGUGAUGUCCAUCCUGCUGUAUUUGAUGGUCCUCGUGUACCUCUACGGUAUCCAGGCAACCAACAUGGACAGCGGUCGCCAGGGGCAACAGCAGCAGCAGCCGAGUCCCGACCCUUUGAACUCCCUAAUCAUCAAGCUGCUUCAGGCCGACCUGACGAGGGGGAAGACUAGGGUGAACCAGAGCCUACAGGGGAGAAGCAGGGACGCGUUGCCUCCCUACCUCACUGCCAGCUUCCCCUUAGAGGAGCAGGGCGAUGCGGAGCAGUGGGGGACAUUGGGGCGCGGCGGCGGGAGCAGCGACGGCGUGGUCGACCAGCAGGUGAUGCUGUUGAACUCGGACCUUCUCAGGCAGCACAAGCGGUACAACUCACCUCGGGUGCUGCUGAGCGACCGGCCACCACUGCAGCCGCCGCCGCUAUACUUCGCGGACGAUUACGUGAGCGGAGGAUUAGACGGCGGCGCAGCGGGAAACAAGACACGGAAGAAGCGUUACGCUGAGCACAAGAGCUAUCGUGGGGAAUAUUCUGUGUGCGACAGCGAGAGCCAGUGGGUGACAGAUAAAACCAACGCAGUGGACACCAGUGGGGACCCCGUCACUGUUCUGGCCAAAAUUAAAACCAGCGCCACGCACGACAUCAAACAGUACUUUUAUGAGACACGCUGUCGGACCCCCAGGCCCUUCAAAGGCGGCUGCAGGGGCAUCGAUGACAAGAACUGGAACUCGCAGUGCAAGACGACGCAGACUUACGUCCGAGCGCUGACGCAGCUUCGCAAUUCAGUGGGCUGGAGGUGGAUACGCAUAGACACUUCCUGCGUCUGCGCGUUGUCGAGGAAACGUCAUAGGACGUAAACAAAACAAUGCGAGCCUUGCUGGUCACAACCUGUUUGGAAUUCUACUUCCUGUAUGGGAUUUCCUUUCACAGUGUUCCACCACAGGAUUAUGUGUCAGGGUGGCGAGGAGCAACACUCUGCUAUAAAAUGAAACUUUUACUGAAGAAAUCUUGGGUCCAUUUAAAUGAUAUUUCACAUUAAUGUGCUGCAAAUCCACAAGCCUCUGCAGGAAAACUCUCUUGAGAGGAACUGGGGAGGGAGGGAGCGUGUGAUGGGGAACUGUACAUAUAAAUUAUUUAAAUUAUAUGAAAUGCAUGUAGUUUAUACAUGUUCUAUCUAUAUAUGACGUAUGAAUAUAUUUGUGUUAUUUAUUAAAAGUAUUCUUCUUCAAAAGGAAGAAAAUGUCUAUAAAAAGGAAUGAAACAAGCUAUGAACUCAUUUUGAGACUGUUAACCGGAGCUGGGCUGCAAAGGUGCUCGACAGUAAGACUUUACAUGUGCCUUGACCCGUGUGGGUGCAGAGCAGAGAGGGAACAUGGGAGUCCUGUCCCGUGGACCAAACCCCUUAAAGAGGUGUCAGGCAUCCUAUGACCAAAACACUCAUUUUAUAUUUGUGACCAAAUGUAUGCACUGCGUAAUACUGCUGUAAUAAACAAGUCCAUUAAUUCCUCUGGGAGAAAGUCUUGACCAAAUAGAAAUAAGAAUUCCUCGAUUCACAACGUUUUACUCUUAACUGUUAUCAUGAGCUGUUUCUGCUUCUUCCUAUUAAUAAAAAAACUAUAUUUCUUAAAGUUGGAAACAUUUUAUUAACAAAUACCCAUUUUACAUUUUGAAAAAGAUGACACUAUGUAGGUUCUACGAUGUUGAAUGAUACAGUCCUGAUACCAGCUGCUGCCGUCUUUGCUCUGGGGGUUACUGAUCAUCACUUCUAAGAUGGAGUACAUGGGGAGCAUUGAUGCAUUAAUACAUUAAUACAUUCCCAACAAGGGUUUUAUCCAACUAUAAGUUGUUGUUUAGCAGCAGCCAUUGCAGAAGUCCCUCCCUCACUUUGAGAAGAAACUUCGUUACUGGCUUUGUGACACAACAUGUGUUUUAGUUUACGGCCUUUUACAGGAUUUCAUCAGACCCAACUACUCCAGACUGAGCGAGCUGGAGGAGGGAGGGUUCUCUAUGAGCAGCUAAAUUAACUUAAUGAUUUUAGUUCACAAUAAGUCUGGAGAUAUUCUAUGUUUCUGUCCACAAAUCCCAUGAAAAAACAAUGAACUGGUCCUACUAACAAGUACUGUGUGUAUCAACGCCUGAAAUAUCUUCUUCCUCUGUGCCAUG